AUGACUGCCUCACUCUCAGGCCUUGAGGCGCUUCAAUGCGAUUUCUCCGUCCCAAAUGAAAGCACCCCCAAACUGCCCCGUUGGUCAGACACGCAUAUCGACCGGCCCGCUCUUAUAGUCAGUCCAAAGACCGAGGAAGAUGUCCAAGCUGCUAUUAGCAUCGCGAGGGAGAACAAGCUCUCAAUAGUCACCGGAGGCGGAGGCCACGGGACGUUUGUCCGCGUCAGCUCAACAACGCUGUACCUGGAUAUGAAUAAUUUCAAGAAGAUCGAAUUGGACAAGGAUGAAAACACAGUCAAGAUCGGCGGUGGUGCCAUCGUGGGAGAAGUGCUAAAUACUUUGGCUGCUGAGGGUUACUAUACUCCGGUUCCCAACUCAGAUACCAUAGGCUUUGUUGGCUGUGUGAUUGGAGCCGGAAACGGUGUUCUUAUCGGCAUCCAUGGGUUUAUGGUCGACAGUGUCGUUUCUUUCCGAGUCAUCACCGCUGAGGGGGAAAUUGUCGAAGUCAAGUCCUCGUCCGAAGGCAAAGAACUAGCUCUCUUCAACGCCCUUUGCGGCGCAGGCCAGGGAUUGGGUGUUAUCACCGAGGUCACCACCUCGAUGUAUCCUCUCUCAGACCUCAACCUCGAAGAAGGCGAUAGGAUCUGGACGCGCACACUCAUCUACCCUGCUCCGGCCCUCGACGUCGCUGCUAAAGCUUUCUUGGAACUCAGCAACCCUGUGCCAGAGGGUUAUGUCACGCUUGCAUUCGUGCGCAGUCCCCCUGGAACUCCCGCCGCUGGAGCACCUAUCAUCAUUGUAGGAUACCAAUUCUUCGGCCCAGCUGAGAAAGGCGAGAAAGAAGCAGCGGUGCUCUUCCGGGAGGACAUAGUCGAGAAGGCUGUCAUGAAAAUGACCGAUCUGCUGCCGUUUACCAAGAUGAACUACAAGAACGAAGUAUACAACUUCCACGGCGGCCACAAAGCCAUAGCCUCCGCUCGUCUCUACAAGACAGAUUCGCAGUCCAUCAAGGACGGUUUCAACAAAUGGCUUACCGCAACACAGGAGUAUCCCGAUGCUCAGCAAACAGCUCUGAUAAUGUCAGCGCACAACACCGCCAAGAGCGUGGAACUCACCAGCGAUAAGUUUGCAGAGGUUCGAGACAGAAUCUUCAACGUAUUCAUCGUGUUUAUCACGCAAGAGGAGACGACGAGACAGGCGUACAUAGGGAUCAUGGCUGAUGUUAUAGCUGGGUACAGAAAGGGUGAUGAUGGAGCGAUACCAAGGAGCUUCCCGAAUAACUUGAGCUUUGAGAGUGAUCUGAAUGAGAUGUUUGAUGAGGAGAGGUUUCAGGUGCUGAAGGAUGUUAAAGGGACUUGGGAUGCUGAAGGGGUGUUUUGGUCGCCUUUUAUUAAGGCUGAUUGA